GACAGCUGCACUCGGCUCGACCGUUGGUCGGGGACGCGACGCGCGGCCCCGAGUGGCCGGGGCUGUGAUUGGGCAGUAACGGGGAGGCUCGCCCCUGCAGCAGCGCUCGGGGCUCCGCUCGCUGGCGAUGGCAAGUUGCUGAAGCGGUCACGCAGCUCCCACCAGCACCAUGUUCCGAAGACCCAGGCCGAGCUCGGUGAUCAGCUGUUUGAUCCUUUUGUUGUUCGAGAGUGCAGCAGCCAAAAAGUACUGCUGGUUUGUGAAUGCAGGAUAUCCCACUUAUUUUACGUGCCGUGCAUACGAGGACUGUUGUGGUACAAAAUGCUGUAUGCGAGCAUUCUCUAUUCAACGAUUAUGGUAUUUUUGGUUUCUAUUGAUGAUGGGCGUCCUGUUUUGUUGUGGCGCUGGUUUUUUUAUCCGGAGACGACUACAUCCUCCUCAGCUGACUACUGACCCUCCAUUUACAGUGGGCUUCACUCGGCAUCCUGUUAACACGAGUGGAUUUCAGACCACAGGGAGCAACCAGACUGGAAUGCAAUAUUACACAGAACCUGGAGCGCCUGUUGUUAAUCCCAUUGCCUCAACCUAUCAAAUUCAGCCAAAUUUUCCUCUACUCAACCCAGCCUACCCACCCCCGCCAGCCUACUGCAAUCAGCCACCCCCUCCAUACGAGCAAGUUGUUAAAACCUCAAAUAAGGAAGGUGAAAGAUAAAUAUCAGAUUUCAGUUGAUAUCACUUUGUAGACUGGCAACCUCUGAUCUACGGGAGAAGUUUCAGCGAGAUGCAAAUCUCUGGGCAUAUACACUUAACCACAGUUCAUCCGAGGAAUUGCAUUUAGCUUUGAUGCCUUUUUGAUAGAUUAGUAUACUGUAGACCCUCCAGUUUAUGUGGUCAAAGCCUUGUAAAAAAAUAACAUGUUCAGUUUCAAAACUGGGGAUCUAAGGUAGGGAAUUGUAUAAACUUCAGUAAACAAAGAAUGUCUAGAAUUCUGUAGAAACUUUGUUUUAAAACUUACUCUUGUCCUUGGAAAUGGUUUAUAAGUAACAUUUUAAUCCUCCAACGCUGUUUUGGUCAAAUUAAAAUAGAAACAAAUUUGUGUUAAUCAGUUUAACUGGACUUGUUUAUUGAUGGUUAAUUAAUGUAUAGUUGCUAGAAGAUGCUAUUAAUGUGAAUAAUCUCUGUUAAUAAGCAUACUACAUUUGUCAGCCAAUCUUAGACUUUUAAAAGGUUUAUGAUAAAUGGAGGGAACUCACAUUGAACAAUAUGCCGUGAAUAAGUAAGUCAGACAUUUAUUUUAACCUAUAAACUUUUUUCAAAAAAUUAUACAUUUAAAUUUCAGUCCUGUUCACAUGCAUUAGCAUCGUAAAGGUUACAAUUAGAUGAAAUAAGUUUUUUGUACAGAAAGGUUUAGAUAUAUUUUCAUGCAGAAUUUGGGUUAGUAAACGAUAGGUAGCUAGUGAUACUGUUUCCUAGAUAUGAGAUGAUCCCAUCCGUAUUAUUGUAGUGAAUGGAGAAUGGUUUGGUGUUUUGAUAUUGUACUUAGGUACAUGUAUGAGUACACUUCACUAACUUGUUUUCUGUGCUUAAUGAGUUUUUAGUUUCUUAUCAUCUUGCAGAAGAAUUUUCAGAGAGGUGAAUUCAGUGCUGCAAACAGAGAGGAAAGCCUUAAAUAAUUUCACUCAACAGUAGCACUAUGCAGCUCUGAAAGCUGAACAACUCCAUUUUCAUUGUACAGCUGUAAAAUUUAAAAUAACUCUGGAAAAGUUAUUGUCCCAAACAUACUUAAUUUUAAUUUUUUUUAAAGUGGCCUGUCUUAUGCAUGAAAUUCCUGACAAAUUUUACAAAUUAAUUAUGAAAAGAGGGUUUUUAUGUGCAAACAGGUAAUUUGGAUUUUAUUUGAAGAUUAAUAUACAAAUUAUUUUAAAUUUAAAUUCUCCAUAAUCUUUAAUUUAAUGCAAUUCUUAAUUUUUUUUGAAAAAUUACUAAUUUGAGGCAAACAGCUUGAACUAUACUUCAUCGAUGCCUUAUAGUCACAACGUCCUUUGUUAAAGGAACAAUUUUGAUUUUUUUCAAAUGAAGAAUUGCACUGUUCAUGUGUGGUGUAUUACUCAAUGGAAUGUAAAUAACCGUGUUUUGAUGCAAAGAAUCAGUAUUGAACAAAUUUACACUGCACUAACAGUUGCUACAAUAAAAUGCACCAGUAAGCAGGAUUUUUCAAAACAGCAAUACUUAAAGGUUUUCGUAUUUUACCUCCUCCUAAAUAGAUCACAAAUUCGUGUGUAAAAUGAAUGAUCCUCAAUCGUAUUCUUUUUAUUACUUAUUACUAGUUGCAGAACUGCUAAUAUUCUUAUCCUAUAGUGUGAUUUAGAACCUACGAUAAAAUGAUGGGAUUGGAAAAAAAGCAUGUGCAUAUGCAUUCAAUACAAGAUAGUGAAGCAAUAUAUUUUUGCAUAAUCUAGAAUAAUGGCACUGAUUAGAGCACAGUAUGGGCAAACUGAGGCCCUAUUGCAGAAAGAAAGCACUGUGGCCAAUGGCAAAUGUGACAUCACUUGGAUGAUAAAAGAAUCAUUAUGAUGGGAAAAACUUGGAAACCUGAAGGGAAAGAUUGGAGUUAAUUGCAUUACUGUUCACAGCCAGCCAAGCACAGUGGACCAAAUGGCUUUCUUCAGUGCUGUAAGAUUCUCAGUCUUGAAACCAUAUUUUCUAUUUGCCAGAAGGCUAAUGGGUAAUGCAGGAGAAAUGUACAAAGUUUUCCAAAGGUGUGUGGGAUUAAAUUAGAAUAAAAUUAUAUUUUGUGCUGCUGGUGGGGAAUUGAGUGCAUAUCUUUGGAGGAUAAAACAGAACGGCAGCAUUUUUCUUAAAUAGUGAAAGAUUGGGAAGUGUUUGUGUACAAAGGAGCCUCGGUGUCCUUUGUAAUGAGCUAUUAAACCCUUGCAUAUUGUGAAUCAGUUGUGUUUAGCUUUAGUAACCCACACCUGGAGUAUUGUAUACUUAGCUCUAGAAGGAAAUACUUGCCAUAGCAGGAAUGUAAUGGACGUUCACCCAGAAUAAUCCCUGGGAUAACGGGAUUAUUUUAUGAAGAGACAUUGACAAAACUAGGUCUGUGUUUUGAAAAAUGAAAGGGGAUCUCUUUGAAACUUAUUGCAUUUUUACAGGACAUGACUGCAUGGUUGUAGAUGGGAUGUUUCUUCUGGCUACUGAGAUUAGAAUUGGAGAUAGUCUCAGAGAAAGGUGUAGGUUAUUUCAGAUUGAGAUGAAAAGGAAUUUUUUUUCACUUGGUGUGAAUUUUUGGCAUUCUCCACCUCGGGCCGUAGAAGUUCAGUCAUUGAGGUUCAAGACAGAGAUGAUAGAUUUCUGCAGACUAAUGGCAGGAGAUGUAUCCAUAUCAUGGAAAGCGAGGUUGAAAUAGAUGAUCAGCUGAGAUCUCAUUGAAUUGUAAAGUAGGUUCAACAUUCUAAAUGGCCAACUUCUCCCAUGUUAAAACCUUGGCAGACGCUGUACACUUUUCUGACCAUUGAUAAUUAUAAUGGUCUGCCCUAAAUUUAUAACUGGGGAAGGCUCCAAGUAAAUCAGUGCUAAUCUAACAUUGUUUCUUAUGGCUGAGGGCAUAAAGGGAACUUUUUAUUUCCCAAUUUUUAACUAGUGAUGCCACUUCAAAAGUAUUUAACCAGCUCUAAAGACUUUUGGGUGGUACUGAGAUGUGAAAGGUGUUACAUAAAUGCAAGUUGUCUCCAGGGAAAGGUAUAUUAGGUUAUGGAAUAUAUUAAAGCUGAACCAGUUGUACCAUUUUAAGAAGUAAUUAGAUGAGCACUUGAAAAUGAAAAAGGGUAUAAAAGGAAGGAAGAGAAUUUAGGUUAUGGCCAGAGUUUCAAGUUGAGUUGGCACACGCGUAACCAAAUGAAUAAUCUGUUUAGUGGAAAAUGUCACAAAUAAGUAGAUCAGAAGAGAUGCUAGUAUCCAACAGGUUCGGUGGACUCAAUGAGUUUUAUCUGUGCUAAAGUUUCUAUUAUUCUAGUCUUUACAUGAAUUCACAGUAGUUACGAUUGAGUAUGCAUGACUAAGUAGUUUGUUGCUGCUUGAUGACAUUACAUUAAAGGUUAAUGUACUUAACCGCUCCUGACAGUACAUAAUCAAUAGUUUGCCGUUGUCUGACAGUUUCUGGAGAGAAAAAGAAUUUUACAACUUUGUACUUCUAUACAUAGGUAAUUUGAGUGAAGGAGUUGGUUGAAAAUUCUACAGGUUUAUCAAAUAAGACUACUGUCUUUGGUCACUUCUUCAAGUUCUUCCCUUCCCCCUCACCUAAGUGACUGUUUCUUAUGUGAGAUUAGAUAAAUUGAGUGUGACCAGGCUACUUAACUAGCUUCUGAUGCAGCUAAUUCUGCCUUUACUCAAACUCAACACAUGCUCUUUCAUCAGGCAUCGAUUCUUUAGAGAAAUGACCAUAUGGAAUAUAUCAAGAGUUGGAGGCGGGGCAUAGAGACAGUUUCACUUGCAAACAUAAAGAUAGGUAGAAAUGGUGGAGAAACAUUAAUUCUGAUUGAGAAUUACUGGACUCAAAACGUUAACUCUGCUUCAUUCCCACAGAUGCUGCUGGGCCUGCUGAGUUUUUCCAGCAAUUUCUGUUAUCGUUUCACUUUCAAAGUACUUAUUGUCCUUUGCCUUUAGUGCUGCCCCAGUGUGUACCAAAGCGAUUGUUUUGUUUAUGUCUAAAUGAGUAUAAGUUUGGUGAAGUUAUUGGCUUCCAGUUGUGUGAUGUUGAGCAUCAUUAGUUUAGUCUUUUCAUUUGAAAAGGCUGAAAACCACAGGCUGAUUAAGUAGUGAUUGGAGGAAUGCAUUGAAACACUGUGACUUGCCAUAACAAUGUGACUUUUGUUGUAGUUGUUUUCAGUUUAGGAAAAGAGCCAUUAAAGUAUGAGAGGUAAACAUCUAAAAUUGUAGACUUUAGAACUGUAAGACAGCUAAUAAGAAACCAGGAGUAAUUAGAACUUCAGUCUGCAGCUUUGUACUACUGGGUGAAUCAGGAUGGCUUUGAAUUUUUCAGUUCCUACUCCUGUGAAGCUGAAAAACGAUAUGAGAAAGAAUUGGAACUACUUCCUGUCUCAUGGUAAAAAUGAGAUAGCUACAGAGUUGAACAGAAAAUAAAGAAAAGUAGCGAUUCUGUUAUUACUGAUAGGAAACAGUGCUACAAGCUGUAUUACACACUAAACCUGAACGGAAAAGACAAUCUGGAGAAAUCUUGAGAACCUUAAAUACACAUUUUGAGCUAAUCUACCAAUGUUAUUUGUGAAUGGUGCAUGCUUCACAGCAGAGCAUAGGGAGAGGGAAUGUGGAAAUAUUGAUCAGAUUAUGACGGCAUGGCGAUGUCUAGCUGGAUUGUGAGAUUGUAGGUGACUGAAGGAUGAUCUCAUCAAAGAUGCCAUUAGGAAUAGAUCCUGCCGUGAUAGCAGGUCUGUUGAGAGAAGAGAAACUGACUCUAAGAACACUUUUACAUAUGCGGAAGCUCUGAGGUUGUUUAUCCAUCAGUUGGAGAGUAGUAAUGGGAGAAUUGAUGAAUCUUUGUGUUAUGCUGUGAGACAGUCCAGACUUAACAAUAGAACUAACUACAAAAUGGAAAAAAGGAAGAAAUAUUUCCAGCAGAAAUGUUGCAGAGAAUCAUGUGAAAGGAAAAGAAAAAUGUCCAGCAUAGGGAAGUUUUUUUAACUACAAGGAGCUAAUCACUUGGUUUGGUGAGCGUGAUUUUUGCUGGAGUGAAGCAAAGCAAGCCUAUAAAUUUGGCUACCAGAGAGAUGUCACAUAAUGAUUCUGAUGAAUCACUACAAUGUCAAACAGAUUGGCACUAUCCUGCCUAAAGGUGAUAACUGGUUUAAGACUGUUAGAACAUGACUGCAGAAGGUAAGAAUAAAGUGAAUGUGAAGUGACGAAUGGGCAGCAGUGCUGUGAAUCAUCAUGAGCUUCAGAGACCUGUGCAAAGUGGUUCAAGAUGGUAACCUAAAAAUGAACCCAUUGAAGGUAAAGUUGAAAUUGUAUGAUGGAACAAUGCUCAUCCCAAGAGGACAAACAAAGCUGCAAUACUAGUGCAAUGAGAAGAAUGAAAAUUUGCAGUUCUAAUUAAUAGACUUUAAAUUGAAAGGUUAGACCGGUAGUCCUCACUUAACAGAAGAAAUUUAUAAGAUUCUACAGUGUUCCAAACCUUUGACUGUUGAACAGACUCAAAAUAGAAAAAGGAUACUUUUACUGGUCAUCUUAAUCGACGUGGAGAAUAUUACCUGAAGUAGAUGAAAGUUCGAGACCCACUCGGUGAGGAGAAUUCUAGCGAUCUUCAAGUCAAGCCUGAAAGACAGGAAAGUGGAACUGGUAAGGAAAAGAUUAAUGAAGGAUAUGACAACUCCUGCCAAACAAGACUGGCAGCAUGGUGGUAGUGGAAAAACCUGGAAAGUUGAGAGUGUGAAUAGAUCGAAAGGAUCUUAGUAAUACUUUAAGGAGAUUUCACUACCCCUUGGUAACCCUAAUUCCCAAGGCAAAAAGUGUUUCCCCUAGAUGCAAAGGAUGAAUGGUUUGUGAGUAUGUAUGUAAGCAUCAGUUUUCUUUGGGUCCCAUUUGGGAGUUUCAGGUUGUUAUGCAUGUUGUUUGUCAUUUCUACUGCUCCGGAUGAGUAUCUGGGCGAGUCUCUGACUUUCACAUCCAGGUCAGUGAUAUAAAUGGAACAGCAUUCCCUCAAGCUGAGGAAGGAGCAUCAUCCCAGGAAUGAGCAGAAGCUGGAUAAAUAGCGAACAAAACUCUUAUGUACCACUUCGGAUUUGAAUGCUGUAAGGAUUAUGAAAGUGAGAUGGAAGAAGAAACAAAGUUCUUGUUCACAAGUGAUUGCACCCUUUAUCCAACAUGUAACUUGGAGAUGCAGGUGAUAGUACAUGUAAUUCUUUUUGGUUGCUUUAUUAUGAGGAGGACAUUCAGAAAUACAUUUUACUCUGACUUUCUAUAGUCUUUUGACCUGUAGUUGCUUUCAGUUUAGGGAAAGAAGUUGUUAAAGCUUGCCCAUACAACAAAUAGGAAUACUUCUUUUCUUGUCUAAGAAAGGACAAAAUGGACACUUGCCUUAAUUUUAACUUGCAUUAUUUCAAAAGCUCCGUUUCAUGGUUUUGGAAGCAAAGAUAGUGUUUAUUUUACAUUUCAAAUUAAUUGCAGGCAGACACUGCUCUCCUGCAGUUUGAAUUCCGGACCCCCUUUUUCAGAGUUACUGAACUGAAAGUUUUGAUGCGACUUUGUACCUUUUUGUAAGGUCUUGAAAUGAAUUUAAAUUGUUUGUUACUCCUAUGGCAAAUGAAUUUGGAACACAUGCUUUUUGACUAUUCUUUUUCCCCGUGCUUUUGAGUGACUAUUUCAGAGUGAAUCACACCAGUCACAGAGUUCGUUUAGUAAAUUUUGGAGUAGCUUCCUAUUUUUACUUCAAAAGUAUUUUUUUUUUUGAAGAACAUUGCUUUCAAGAAUACCAUAUUAUCAUCAAAAUAGUAAAAUACGCUGGCUUUGCUAAAGUGAAUGUAACGCACAACUUCACAAAUUGCAUGCAGUGGCAGCAAAAAUCACACUGUUCUGUAAAAUGUUUUUCCAUCCGUGAUUUGCUCUGUAAAGUACAAAUUCAAAAUGGCUGUGCUGUAGUUCAGGUUAUUGAUAAUUUAUAAAGCUCAGGGACUGCAUUAAAACUUUGCAAUUUAUUACCUUAUUUGUAAAAAUUAGUUGAAGAUGUAAUUUUUAUUUUAAAUUGUUAAGUUUAAUAGUACUGCUUUUGGAAAUAGACCCUAAUUUUUCCAUCUAACUAUAGGUCUGAAUUCCAGUCUACAGUAUUUUUAGAUGGGAGUGAAACUCUCUAGUUAAAUGUCUGUCAGAGAUAUCAACAUUGGACGUAACAAAUGAAAAUUUCAUAAACAGGGUUUUAAGGAUGGAAAGUUGAAAGAAUGUUUGAGGGUUAUUCUUCGUUUCCUGGAAACCAGGUUGGAAUGGAGGGCAAUGAGCGUAUAGAUGGAAAAUUAUGGAUCAAAUUGGUCAGAUUGUGUUCAUGUAAUUGAGAAAUAAAUGCGUAAUAGUCAGUUAAAGUCAGAGAAUUCAAGAAAAGUUAGGGAAAGUUCCUUUUCAGUGUCUGCUGUUGCCAUCAGUACCUUGUUCACAUUUCUCCAGUUCAUUCCUGUGUAUUUACCAGUGUUUGCAUCGAUCUAUGCUAAUUAUUAACCUGUUAGCAAUAUUUAGUGUUGAUGCAAUUAGAAAUGUAGUAUUAGUUAGAACAUGAAUUUUAAUAAGCAGGCUAUUUUUGUUGUGCAAUGUUGCUUUUCAACAACUUGGCAUUUCUAUCAGACUUGUAGCCUUGAAAAGAACAUCUUAAGGCACUUUACACAAGUAUAAGGGAAAAUGAGUGCUCAGACAAAAAAGGAACCAUAAGGUUGGUCAGAGAAGUAGAUUUUAAAGAGGGUCUUGAAGGGGCUGGUCAAUUUAAUGAGAUGAUUUCAGAGCAUGCCUUUGGUUGUUGACAUUGACUACAGUUGAUGGGGUGAAGUUAGAAGCAGAUGUACAAAAUGUCAGAAAUGGUGCUUUGGUGAGACCAUUGGGGAUUUAAACAUAAACCUGAUAGUUUUAAAGUUGAGGCUUAUCUUUUGAAAUUGUUACAUAUGUUAGUUAAUUUCAGCUACAGAAAACUGUUUAAGCAUUGUAUCAACGUAUUACGGGCAAUGUAAUCUGUCAAACAUUUAAUGCUUAUUUUACCUAA